AUGGACACUGCCAUGAAAGCCAACCUGGGUACUGCAGGUCAUAGUCCGCGCACAGAGCUGGAUGACGAGGACUACUACCCCCAGAGCAAUUGGGACACAGUCUUCCUGGUGACCCUGAUGCUCCUGGGGCUGCCAGCCAACGGGCUGAUGGCAUGGCUGGCUGGCUCACAGGCCCGGCAUGGGGCCGGCACGAGGCUGGCCCUGCUCCUUCUCAGUUUGGCUCUUUCUGAUUUCUUAUUCCUGGCUGCGGCUGCCUUCCAGAUCCUGGAGAUCCAGCAAGGAGGCCACUGGCCACUGGGCACUGCGGCCUGUCGUUUCUACUACUUCCUGUGGGGCGUGUCCUAUUCCUCUGGUCUCUUCCUGCUGGCGGCCCUCAGCCUGGACCGCUGCCUGCUGGCACUGUGCCCACGCUGGUACCCAGGACGCCGUCCUACUCGCCUGCCCCUCUGGGUUUGUGCCGGGGUCUGGGUGCUGGCCACGCUCUUCAGUGUACCCUGGCUGGUCUUCCCUGAGGCUGCCGCGUGGUGGUACGACCUGGUCAUCUGCCUAGACUUCUGGGACACCGAGGAGCUGCCCCUGAGGAUGCUGGAGAUCCUAGGGGGUUUCCUGCCCUUCCUCCUGCUGCUGGUCUGUCAUGUGCUCACACAAGCUGCUGCCUGCCGGACCUGCCGCAGCCACGAGCCCCAGCCCACUGCCUGCCAUGGCUUUGCCCGUGUGGCCAAGACCAUUCUUUCUGCCUACGUGGUCCUUCGGCUGCCCUACCAGCUGGCACAGCUGCUCUAUCUGGCCUUCCUCUGGGAUAUCUACCCUGGCUACCUGCUCUGGGAGGCCCUGGUUUACUCCGACUACCUGAUCCUGCUCAAUAGCUGCCUGAGUCCCUUCCUCUGCCUGGCAGCCAGUGCUGACCUCCAGGCCCUGAUGCGAACCAUCCUCUCCUCCUUUGCAGCUGCUCUCUGUGAGGAGCGGCCUAGUACCUUCGCACCGGCUGAACCACAGACCCAAGUGGCCUCUGAGGGCUCCACUCUGCCAGGGCCAAUAGCUGAGGCCCAGCCUCAGAUGGAUUCUGUGGCUCAGCCUCAGGUGAACUCCCCAGCCCAGCCACAGAUGGAUUCUGCGGCUCAGCCUCAGGUGAACUCCCCAGCCCAGCCACAGUUGGAUUCUGUGGCUCAGCCUCAGGUGAACUCCCCAGCCCAGCCACAGAUGGAUUCUGUGGCUCAGCCUCAGUCAAGUGACACAACCCAGACUCCUGUCUGUGAGAACAGGUCAGCCCCCAGCCCUGGUGAGGAAGCUUCCUCCGGCCCAUCCUCAGAUUCCAGCCCUGGACUAUCUGAGAACCCAGCCACACCAGCUGCUCCUGAGGGAGAACACCUCAACAGUGUCUUGCCAGAGGAGGCCCCCAGUGCAAGCCCCACGUGA